CUUAUAAUUUGAAUAAGCCAUUGAUAAUGGAAGAACAUAAGAGAGGUUCUGUUGAAACAUCAUUGACUAUUGUAAUCGAAGAAGAUGGAGAAACAGACAUGUGUAUUUCAUGUGUAUGUGCUGUCUUUGUUUUGUUGCUUUAGGAGAAGGUAAGUAAUUAACUAACAGUGGCAGAUCAAUGGAGAAGGAGGUUGAGCUUUGUUCAGCUCAACCCCAAAUGGCUUCUCAAUUCCAAGGGCGUGCUAAGGGUGGUCUCGUUACCAUGCCUUUCAUCAUAGGAAAUGAAGCACUUGCGAGAGUUGCAACAUUGGGGCUUCUGCCCAACAUGAUACUGUAUUUGAUGGGAAAUUACAAUCUUCAUUUGGGCAAAGCUACCCAGAUUCUCCUGUUAUCUGUUGCAACCACCAAUUUCAUGCCUCUUCCUGGGGCUUUCAUUGCUGAUUCUUAUCUGGGUCGCUUCCUCGCUGUUGGUUUAGGUUCCUUCAUCACUUUCCUGGGAAUGGCACUAUUGUGGCUAACAGCCAUGAUCCCAGAGGCUAGGCCUCCUCAUUGCAAUUCUGAAACUGAAAGAUGUGUUUCAGCAACAUUUUGGCAAAUGACAGUGUUAAUCUCUUCCCUUGUUCUCAUGUCCAUUGGAAACGGUGGCCUUUCAUGUUCCCUGGCCUUUGGUGCUGACCAGGUGAAUAGAAAAGAUAACCCUAAUAAUCAGAGGGCAUUGGAGAUAUUCUUCAGCUGGUACUAUGCUUCCUCAGCCAUAUCAAUCAUAAUUGCCUUCACUGGAAUUGUGUAUAUCCAAGAUCAUCUUGGAUGGAAAUUAGGUUUUGGAGUUCCAGCAGCACUCAUGUUCUUGUCCACUUUUCUCUUUUUUCUGGCUUCUCCACUCUAUGUAAAGCAUAAAACACACAGCAGCUUGCUCACUGGCUUUGCCCGUGUCGUUGUUGUAGCAUGUAAGAACAGGAAACUUCGAUUACCACAUAAGAUCUCUGAUGGAAUGUAUCAUCAUAACAAGGACUCUGAUCUAGUUGUUCCAUCUGAUAAACUAAGGUUUCUGAAUAAAGCUUGCUUCAUCAAGGACCCUGAAAAAGAUAUAGCCUCUGAUGGCUCAACCCUGAAUCCAUGGAAUCUGUGCACAGUUGAUCAAGUAGAAGAACUAAAAGCUAUUGUAAAAGUUAUUCCUCUGUGGUCUACAGGGAUCAUGAUGUAUCUUAACAUUGGAGGCUCAUUUGGAUUGCUGCAAGCUAAAUCCCUCAACAGACGCAUCACUCCAAACUUUGAAGUUCCAGCUGGUUCUUUGGGAGUAAUCAUGAUAUUCACAAUUUUCAUUUGGAUAGCUGUUUAUGACCGUGUGAUCAUUCCUCUAGCAUCAAAGCUCAGAGGCAAACCAAUUAGGAUCAGUUCCAAGACAAGAAUGGGUCUUGGGUUGUUUUUCUCUUUUCUCCACUUGGUUACUGCAGCAAUUGUUGAGACUAUAAGGAGAAGGAGAGCAAUUAGUGAGGGACAUGUUGAUGACACACAUGCAGUGUUGAACAUGUCUGCAAUGUGGCUUUUUCCUCAACUUUGCUUGGGUGGCAUAGCUGAAGCAUUCAAUGCAGUAGGCCAGAAUGAGUUCUACUACAGUGAGUUUCCAAAGACCAUGUCAAGCAUUGCUUCUUCCUUUUUUGGUCUGGGAAUGGCUGUGGGAUAUGUGUUAUCUUCUUUACUAUUCCAUGUUGUGGAAAAGGUUACUUCAAGAGGAGAAAAUGGUGGAUGGAUCUCAGAUAACAUUAACAAGGGUCAUUUUGACAAGUACUAUUGGGUUCUUGUAACUCUCAGUGCUGUCAAUUUACUCUAUUAUCUAGUAUGCAGUUGGGGUUAUGGACCUACUGCAGAUCAAGAAUCAAAGGUAAAUCAAGAAAAUGGUUCCAAUGAGGAAGAAUUGCCAUUAAUUGGAGCCAAGACUGAGGGUUCAUUUGAUAAGGUAUCACAGGUUGGUGAAGAAAUUUUAAGAACUUCAUCACAUAAAACUGUAACUGAUUAAAAUGAGUUUUAUUGGUUCCAAUAAAAACCAGUGUUGGUGUUUGAUCAGGCUACUGAAACCAGUAGCUGGUUUUGUAUGAGGCAAUAUUUAUAAAGGAAUCUUUGAGGUACUGAAUUGUUUCA